AUGACUACUGUGAAGAAAGAAGAUAAAGAGUUGGAAGACGUUGAUUCCAAAAACGCUUUGGAUGUUAAUAUUGAAGAACAAUCUUCUGGUGAUGAAAAUUCAGUUGGUAGAAUUGAUUUUGAUGAAUUCAAUAUCCCUUUCAAGAAAAGAUGGGAAUUAUUUUGGACUUUAAAGAAUCCAAGAUCAUCCAAAGAUAAGAAAAAAGCAUUCUUUUGGAAUCCACCAGGUCGUUCAAAAUAUGAAAAAAGAUUAGUUUUCAAAUUAGAUUGUAUUAUUUUAACUUAUGUUUGUCUAAGUUUCUUUAUAAGAUAUCUUGAUCAAUCUAAUGUUUCCAAUGCUUAUGUUUCUGGUAUGAAGGAAGAUUUGAAUUUACAUGGUAACAUGUAUAAUUGGUUGAAUAGUUCAUUUUAUAUUGUAUAUUCAGUUUGUGGAUUACCAUUGACAGUUUUAAUCACAAGAGUUCAACCUCAUAUUUUAUUACCACUUCUUGAAAUUCUUUGGGGGUUAAUGUGUUUAUUGGUUAUUACUUGUAAAAAUUUCAAAACUUUAAUGAUUGUUAGAACAAUUCAAGGUGCCUUAGAAGUGAGUUUCAUAUUUUUCAUUAGCUGA